AUUUAUGCUCGUCUUUGAAUGGCGAACAAGGCUAGCACGAAACAGAGCGGGAACGCGUGACGUACCCCAGCAGUAGCUCAGAGUGGAAGAUUUCCUUUACUUAGCUCUUCUUUCUCUCUUUCUAGGGUUUUUAUCUCUCUAAAACUCUUACCUCCUGCAUAAAUAACUAACGCUUGCCUUCAUUUUCACGCCGAGUAUCGUUCGCACGGAGAUCUGAGCCGUUUCGUUCCAUUACAGGCGCCUUUCUCCUUCCUGUGCUCUGUUUCGCCUCUGUUCGCCGUUUCAGUUAUGGCACCACCUACAGAGCAGUCAGAAAAAAUCCCUGUUUUCCAGAAGCUGCCUCUUAAUGAAAGGAUACUCUCUUCCAUGACUAGGAAAACUGUCGCUGCUCAUCCUUGGCAUGAUCUUGAGAUAGGACCUGGAGCUCCAACGAUCUUCAACUGUGUGGUCGAAAUAAGUAAGGGAAGUAAGGUGAAAUAUGAACUUGACAAGAAAACUGGUCUAAUCAAGGUUGAUCGAGUUCUUUACUCAUCUGUUGUGUACCCUCAUAAUUAUGGCUUCAUACCCCGCACUCUCUGUGAAGACAGUGACCCAAUGGAUGUGUUGGUCAUUAUGCAGGAGCCAGUUCUUCCAGGGUGCUUUCUCAGGGCUAAAGCUAUUGGCCUCAUGCCUAUGAUUGAUCAGGGAGAGAAAGAUGACAAGAUAAUUGCUGUCUGUGCUGACGAUCCUGAAUACCGUGAUUAUACGGAUAUUAAAGAGCUUCCACCCCAUCGUUUGGCUGAAAUCCGCCGUUUUUUUGAAGACUACAAGAAAAAUGAGAAUAAGGAUGUUGCUGUUGAUGAAUUUCUGCCAGCCACUAACGCUUAUGAAGCUAUACAGCUCUCCAUGGACUUGUAUGCAGACUAUAUCGUUGAGAGUCUCAGGCGCUAAUUUGCCCAUCGAGAUAUUUUCUGCAUGCUGUUUUGACCUAUGCGUAAUAUUCCAUAUAUAGUAGUAUAAUACUUUGAUGAAGACGAAAAUAUCCUAAUAGACCGACGGAAAAGGCCUGUUGAAGUCAAAGGUGAAAACCAUAGUAUGUAAAAAUUAACUGGCUGCUACUGCAAUCCUUCUAUAACAGUUGUCACAGUAUUUUAUCUGUGCAUUUUGAUAAUUUGUUUC